UUUGUUCGCUGUACUUUUGUUUACGUAUACACAGUUGUGCGUUUACAAAUUUUUUUUCAAACAGUACGGAAAUUAUAAUGAUAUUUUAUUAAGAUAAACUGAUGGAAAAUUCUUAUUUUUGACCACAUUUCAAAAUUUUCAUAUUAGAGAUAUAAUGUAUCAUUUAUUCGAACGUGGCCAAUGAAAACCUUGAACAUCAAUGUGUGAGUGUUGUGUGGCUGUUCACCUUCGCGUUCGUGUUCUUGUUCUUGCUGCGUUCGAUCCCGAUCUCUUUUGGUUUGCAAUGCUACGAGGCUGCACGGGAAUGGUGUAAGCUCUGCGUAAAAUUUGAGUAUAUUUUAUUUAAGAUGCUCCGAAAAUUGCUAACGAUCGAGAAUGUUGUUAGGACAAUAGAUAAUUUAAAAAUUGGUGUUGAUACUGUGCACGUAGCACCGAAAAAAUCUUUUAAGAUAUUUUGUUCGUGUUCAUCAUGGCUUCAGUCUAUUAGAAGCGUCCAUUUGGGCGUGCCACGAAAUAAGGCCGAAGAUCGGAAAGAAAUGCUUGCCUCUUUGCCUACGAAAGAUGAAGGAACUGAUGGUGAAAGAGCAAUUGACAUCGAUUCCAUAAUACAAAGUCGGGAAGACAUGUUUCCAGAUGAAAGGACUCCGAACUUGUUGUUUGGUGGCAUUCCAUUUAAAGACUUGCCCAUUUGCAAUAUUCGGGCAUCACCAAACAAUACAAUCUUCACCAUCACUAACCACAAAGGGGAGGUCCAGAUGACUCGAUCGUGUGGUGUUGAAGGAUUCAAAAACACGAGGAAGGGCACUAACAUUGCUGCCCAAGCAACAGCAGUCUCUUUAGGCUCGAUGGCCUUGGAACGAGGAUAUAAGCUUUUGAGAGUCAGAGUGCGUGGACUUGGACCUGGUAGAAUGUCUGCCAUCAAGGGGUUGCAGAUGGGUGGGCUCAACAUUGUGUCAGUCACAGACAGUACACCUGUCUCAGAUAAUCCACCCCGCCCAAGGAAGCGGAAAAGACUCUAGACAUUUUGAAGCAAAGAAGAUAGUGUUGAAUUUAUUUUAAAUUUUGUAAAAAAAAUCCAGCCAAUAAAUAACAUUAAUGGUUUAUUAA